GCCAGCUAGGGCUCCGGCCGCCGGGCCGGGACCCCGGCGCCGCACCCGCGCCUCGAAAGGCCCCCGGCGCCCGCGCCCGAGGAGGGCGGCGGGCCGCGUGAAUGCGCUCCGGAGCCUGAGCGCGCGCAGUCUUUUGAAGAAGCAGGAUGCCAAUCUAGACCUGGAAAAAGACCCAUCCAGCGGCCAUAUUAGAAGACAUGUGGUGUAUAUAAAGUUUUUGAUAGUUGGGGGAAUUUUGGAAUUUAGAUAAUGGGCUGUGUGCAAUGUAAGGAUAAAGAAGCAACGAAACUGACGGAGGAGAGGGACGGCAGCCUGAACCAGAGCUCCGGGUACCGCUAUGGCACAGACCCCACACCUCAGCACUACCCCAGCUUCGGCGUGACCUCCAUCCCAAACUACAACAACUUCCACGCAGCCGGGGGCCAAGGACUCACUGUGUUUGGGGGUGUGAACUCCUCGUCUCACACUGGGACCUUGCGCACGAGAGGAGGGACAGGAGUGACCCUGUUUGUGGCCCUUUAUGAUUAUGAAGCACGGACAGAAGAUGACCUGAGUUUUCACAAAGGAGAAAAAUUUCAAAUAUUGAACAGCUCGGAAGGAGACUGGUGGGAAGCCCGCUCCUUGACCACCGGAGAGACCGGUUACAUUCCCAGCAAUUAUGUGGCUCCAGUUGACUCUAUCCAGGCAGAAGAGUGGUACUUUGGAAAACUUGGCCGGAAAGAUGCUGAGCGACAGCUUUUGUCCUUUGGAAACCCGAGAGGCACCUUUCUUAUCCGUGAGAGCGAGACCACCAAAGGUGCCUAUUCACUUUCUAUCCGUGACUGGGAUGAUAUGAAAGGUGACCACGUCAAACAUUAUAAAAUUCGUAAACUUGACAAUGGUGGGUACUACAUCACCACCCGGGCCCAGUUUGAGACACUCCAGCAGCUUGUACAGCACUACUCAGAGAAAGCUGAUGGUUUAUGUUUUAACUUAACUGUGAUUGCAUCGAGUUGUACCCCACAAACUUCUGGACUGGCUAAAGAUGCCUGGGAAGUUGCACGUGAUUCAUUGUUUCUGGAGAAGAAGCUGGGUCAGGGGUGUUUCGCUGAAGUGUGGCUUGGCACCUGGAAUGGAAACACAAAAGUAGCCAUAAAGACUCUUAAGCCCGGCACGAUGUCUCCUGAAUCAUUCCUCGAGGAGGCGCAGAUCAUGAAGAAGCUGAAGCACGACAAGCUGGUCCAGCUGUACGCGGUGGUGUCCGAGGAGCCCAUCUACAUCGUCACGGAGUACAUGAAUAAAGGAAGUUUACUUGAUUUCUUGAAAGAUGGAGAAGGAAGAGCCCUGAAACUACCGAAUCUUGUGGACAUGGCAGCCCAGGUCGCUGCAGGAAUGGCUUACAUCGAGCGCAUGAAUUACAUUCACAGAGAUCUGCGAUCGGCAAACAUUCUAGUGGGGAAUGGACUCAUAUGCAAGAUCGCUGACUUUGGAUUGGCCCGACUGAUCGAAGACAACGAGUACACAGCAAGACAAGGUGCCAAGUUCCCCAUUAAAUGGACGGCCCCCGAAGCAGCGCUGUACGGGAGGUUCACAAUCAAGUCGGACGUGUGGUCCUUUGGGAUCCUGCUCACUGAGCUGGUCACCAAAGGAAGAGUGCCAUAUCCAGGUAUGAACAACCGGGAGGUGCUGGAGCAGGUGGAGCGCGGCUACAGGAUGCCCUGUCCGCAGGACUGCCCCGUCUCUCUGCAUGAGCUCAUGAUCCACUGCUGGAAGAAGGACCCGGAGGAGCGGCCCACUUUCGAGUACCUGCAGGGCUUUCUGGAGGACUACUUCACCGCCACAGAGCCCCAGUACCAGCCCGGAGAGAAUCUGUGAGGCCUGCCCCGCAGACGGAGGCCUGUCCGGCAGGCUUGCCCACCCCCCUCAUUAGCUUUCGGUUCCCAGCCAGCUGCCCCCGAGCAGCAGAACGUCCAGGAUCAGAUUGCAUGUGACUGAAGCUGACGGACUUCCCCGGCCCUCAUCAAUGACACCUGUCCCCAGAUCCGAACCUCCUCUGUGACGCCCCCGGGGCAGAGCCCUGUCACUCCUCAGACUCCGGAAAUGCAUUGUCUUGAUGUCACGUGAAAGGCCAGACCUCUGUUCAGUGUAAAUAGUCACUCCAGUGCCAACGACCCUCGUGCUCUCCCUUUUUUUAAAAUGCAAAUCCUAUGUGAUUUUAACUGUCUUCACCUGAUUCAACUAAAAAAGUAUUAUUUUCCAAAAGUGGCCUCUUUGUCUAAAACAAUAAAAUUUUUUUUCAUGUUUUAACAAAAACCAAUCAGGACAGGUGUUUGUUUUUUUUCUUUUUUAUAAAUAUGAACAUAUAUAUGCCCCUGUACAUACAUCGUGUGGGUGCUAACGUGGAAACCCCGGCCAACCUGGGCCACGAAGCCUCAGGACCCAGAGUGAAUUUUCCUACAAAAUCGGCAUAAAAGCACUGUUUUUUCUGAAAACCAGGCCCUCAUUUCUGGCUUUUGGCUGAGCACGAGUCUGAUUUUGGUUUGGCGCGCUCCGGGGUUCGUGACCUGCAUCCGGCUGUCACACCUCCUCAGCAGCGUCAAGCUGGCUUCACAAGCCUGUUCAGUAUCUGCCUCAACUUACUUGGUUUGUUCUUGAAACUUAAAAACGGCCGCUGCUACCAGGGAAACUGGAAGAUGGAAAUUGCACAAACUUCGUGUCUAAAAAUAGGAAUGCUGAAAAGUUUCCAACUUUUUUAUCUAAUAAACCUUGCGACCACACCAAGCUGGUCUAAAGCCCUAGGCUCUGUAGUAAGGACGGCCUGCUGAGCUUCCUCACACACCUAAAUCGCGGAGGCGGCGGGGGCAGUACAUUUCCCAUUGUGAAAUGCGAUUUUAAAUGUCCUGUGCUGCGAAUGAAAUGACUUUCCGUGCAUCCAGGAGCCCUCCCAGCGGGCUGACUAUGCACGACUUCACACUUCCAGUUGCUGUUUGUACCAACCUUGAAUUACAUGUUUAACAACAACUAAUCAAAAGCCUAUUUCUAUUGAGUUUUUAAUACUGAGUAGCAACUCUGAAGUCUUAAUUCCUUUUUUGUUACAAUUUAUUUGUGAGAUUACAUUUUUUAAUUGUUUAACUUUAUUAAUUUAGUAAUUAAAAAGAGCAUUUUGCA